GAACCGGAUUUGGUUUCGGUUGAAACAAGACAAAAUUUUUGAGAAAGCCGGUUGGAUCAGGGACAAACCGGAAUGAUCCAACGCAAACCCCUCACAAGAGAAAGUGAAGUAAAAGAUCGGAACAGACAAGAAGAGGUUAUGGCUUUGCCUUUGGUCUCCUCUGUUUCUUACAUCCAAUCUUCUUCAACCCAACUCCAUUGUUUCCCACUACGAAAAGAAAGAUUUGGACUUUAUAGAUUACAAACGUGGAGCUCUCAUCACAGUUCGACUAGACUUAUUAGAAAAAAAACGUUUCCUCAGAGACUUGCUGUGAGAAUGUCUGCAUCAUCAACUUUGCCUAUGAAUCUUCAACGAUCAAAGAAGGUUUGGAUAUGGACUGAGUGCAAAGAAGUGAUGACGACUGCAGUGGAACGAGGGUGGAACACUUUUGUCUUCUCAUCAGAUAGUCUACAACUUUCUGAUGACUGGUCAUCGGUUGCGUUGGUGGAUGCAUUGUUUAUUGAUGAGAGGCAAGUUACUGAUGGAACGGGGAGAGUUGUGGCUGCUGUCUUUGAGGUUUCAACACCUGAGGAGCUACAGAUGCUUAAGAUUGAGAAUGAGCAGGCUGAGAAUAUUGUUCUUGGUCUUUUAGACUGGAAGUCAAUCCCAGCAGAGAAUCUAGUGGCGGCUCUCCAAGGAAGUGAGAAGACGGUGUUUGCCAUUUCAAGUACUCCCUCUGAAGCAAAACUAUACCUUGAGGCUUUAGAGCAUGGUCUUGGCGGAAUCAUACUUAAAACAGAAGAUGUGAAAGCUGUUCUUGACCUAAAGGAAUACUUUGACAAAAGGGGAGAAGAAAGUGAUACGUUAAGCUUGACUGAAGCAACUAUAACUCGGAUUGAAAUGGUCGGUAUGGGAGACAGAGUCUGUGUUGAUCUUUGCAGCCUCAUGAGACCCGGUGAAGGUCUUCUUGUAUGUUUGCCUGUUGGAUCCUUUGCGAGAGGACUGUUCUUGGUUCACUCAGAGUGCUUGGAGUCUAAUUACAUUGCAAGCAGACCAUUUAGAGUCAACGCUGGACCAGUUCAUGCUUAUGUCGCUGUUCCAGGAGGGAGGACUUGUUACCUCUCCGAGUUAAGAACAGGAAGACAGGUAAUAGUUGUUGAUCAGAAAGGAAAACAGCGGACAGCAGUUGUCGGGAGAGUUAAAAUCGAGAAGCGCCCUCUUAUCCUCGUGGAGGCUAAGCUUAGUGGAGAGGAGGAUGAAACGAGUUUUAGCACCAUCCUACAGAACGCGGAAACAGUUGCAUUAGUCACUCCUCAUCAAGUAAACUCAUCUGGUAAAACUGCUGUUCCUGUGACCUCGCUGAAACUUGGGGAUCAAGUUUUGAUUAGGUUACAGGGCGGCGCACGUCAUACUGGCAUAGAGAUUCAAGAGUUCAUUGUCGAGAACUGAUUCAAAAACCAAGAGAGAAAUUUGAUUGAGACAAAACACAUGUUUUAUAGUUUUAUUAAUGAUGUCAAUAAUUAAUUUACAAUUCUAUAUGCGCAUUAGUAAAUUAUUAAUCCUCAAUAUAAAAAAUAAUCUUUUUCCA